GUUUGGUGGCCGGGGCUUACAGUGGCGGGAGUUGGAGGCAAUUACUAGUCGUGUUCUAAGGGGCGCAAACUGCGAUUCUGCUGAACCCGGGGACAUUUCUACGGCUUCUCCCUCAGUUGAGCCUUUUCCUCCGGCCCCGAUGCUCUUCAAUUCGGUGCUCCGUCAGCCCCAGUUCGGCGUCCCGAGAAAUGGGUGGUCUUCACAAUACCCUCUACAGUCCCUUCUAACUGGUUAUCAGUGUAACCCUAAUGAUGAGCAUACUUCUUAUGGAGAAACAGGAGUCCCAGUUCCUCCUUUUGGAUGCACUUUCUCUUCGGCUCCCAAUAUGGAGCAUAUACUAGCAGUUGCCAAUGAAGAAGGCUUUGUUAGAUUAUAUAACACAGAAUCACAAACCAGUAAAAAGAAGUGCAUCAAAGAGUGGAUGGCUCACUGGAAUGCUGUUUUUGACCUGGCUUGGGUCCCUGGUGAACUUAAACUUGUUACAGCCGCAGGUGAUCAAACAGCCAAAUUUUGGGAUGUAAAAGCUGGUGAGCUGAUUGGAACAUGCAAAGGUCACCAAUGCAGCCUCAAGUCAGUUGCCUUUUCUAAGUUUGAAAAAGCUGUGUUCUGUACAGGUGGAAGAGAUGGUAACAUUAUGGUCUGGGACACCAGAUGCAACAAAAAAGAUGGAUUUUAUAGGCAAGUGAAUCAGAUCAGUGGAGCUCACAAUACCUUAGACAAGCAAACCCCUUCAAAACCUAAGAAGAAACAGAAUUCAAAAGGACUUGCUCCUUCUGUGGAUUUCCAGCAGAGUGUUACUGUGGUCCUCUUUCAGGAUGAGAAUACAUUAGUCUCAGCAGGUGCUGUGGAUGGGUGUAUAACUUUGGUAAAAGUCAGUCGUUUGGAAGAAAGACUAUCAUCCUCUUGUCUCAAGAGAGCUGGUAGCAUGUCUCAGGUCUCCACACCCUCCUGUCCUCCUACUGUGCUCCAGGGUCAUUCUCAAGAGGUCACAUCAGUGUGCUGGUGUCCUGCAGACUUCACAAAGAUUGCCACCUGCUCUGAUGACAAUACCCUGAAACUCUGGCGCUUGAAUAGAGGCUCAGAGGAGAAAACAGGAGGAGAUAAAUUCUCCAUAGUGGGUUGGGCCUCUCAGAAGAAAAAGGAGGCCAGAGCCGACUUAGCAACCGUGACAAGUAGCCAGAGCACUCCCGCCAAAGCCCCCAGAGUAAAGAGCAGUCCAUCCAUUUCCUCCCCGUCAUCAGGAGCCUGUGCUCCCAGCUGUGCGGGAGACCUCCCUCUUCCUUCAAAUACCCCCACGUUCUCUAUUAAAACACCCCCUGCCAAGGCCCGGUCUCCCAUCAGCAGAAGGGGCUCUGUCUCCUCCAUCUCGCCCAAGCUACCCUCAGCUUUCAAGAUGUCCAUUAGAAACUGGAUGACUCAGACACCUUCCUCAUCACCACCCAUCACUCCACCUGCUUCUGAAACCAAGAUCACAUCUCCAAGAAAAGCCCUCAUUCCUGUGAGCCUGAAAUCUUCCCAAGCAGUGGCUUGCUCUGAGUCUAGAAAUAGAGUGAAAAGGAGGCUAGACGCGAGUUGUCUGGAGAAUGUGAAACAAAAGUGUGUGAAGAGUUGCAACUGUGUGACUGAGCUUGACGACCCAGGUGAAAAGCUUCAUUUAGAUCUGUGCUGCCUUACUGGUAACCAGGAAGACCUUGCUAAGGACCCACUAGGUGCUACCAAACCAAGCAAGAUGGAAGGGGCAAGUAUGAGUGUCUCAGAGCCUCCUUCUCCUGCCAGUCCUUAUGCUUCAGAAGCCUGUGGGACACUACCUCUUCCUCUGGGGUCUUGUGGAGAAGGGUCUGAAAUGGUAGGCAAAGAGAACAGCUCCCCAGAGAAUAAAAACUGGUUAUUGGCCAUGGCAGCCAAACGAAAGGCUGAGAAUUCAUCUCCACGAAGUCCAUCGUCCCAGACCCCCAAUUCCAGGAGACAGAGUGGAAAGACCUCUCCGGGACCGGUCACCAUUACUCCCAGCUCCAUGAGGAAAAUCUGUACAUACUUCCAUAGAAAGUCCCAGGAUGACUACCGUAGUCCUGAACAGUCAACAGAAUUAUAGAUUCUUGUCUGAGUGAGUUAACUGAACUUUGGGCCAUUAAAACAAGAUAAAAAAUACAACAGAGUAAUUAUGUAACUCUGGUCUUUAAGACAGCUACCGUUUUUUAAUUUUUAGAGAAAACCCUUCCAACUCUGAUAUUUACCUACUCUGGUUCUACCACCGUGUGCCUACACAGCUUCCUCAGGAGGAAUGCUGUGUUUAAAUUCCAUAAGGUAGGUUUGUCACUCUAACAAUUUGAAUGAGUAGUCUUCAUUUUUUAAAUUAUGCAUCGUCUCUACAAUAAUGACAUCACAGCUCAUAGAGGGGAAAAAAACCAAGACUUGUCUCUUGUUAAUCUGAGACUUUCUAUGCACAGUGGAAAGUGUCUCCCAGCCAUAGCUGGAGGCAUGUCUGUGAAGGCCACUGCUAAAGACCCCCUGGAUCUGAGCUGCCUCAGACAAAUGUCACUUCAUUUAAAAUAUAUAAUUUUUACACUACACUCUUGGGGGAUUUUAAAUAUGCAUAAAAAUUUGAUGUUUAGAUAAGUACACUUAUAUUGAUUCAGUAUUAAAAUAAUCUCUUAAGUUAAAAUCAUGUUUUAAAACCAGUGAUGAAUGUCAACUCUUUGGAGAAACUAGGAGAACAACACUAGAGACCUUUGCCUUUUUUUCCCCCAAAUUCAUGUCCUAUGUGAGAUUUAAGGUCCCCAUAUUUUUUACCAAGCAAUCUACUGUUACCAACCCAACAUCAUGUUCUAUAAGAAGUUAUGAUUUUUGCCACUUACUAGAAGAAGAUGUUUAUAAAAUCAAUAGUCAUACACUGAAACCUGGGUUUGCAUUCAGUCCUCAGUUCUAGGGGCUGCAACCUUGUGAAAAAAUAAACCAUCAGAACCUAAAAAAAUCCAGAACCUAAAAAAGUAAAUCUUGGCUUUAACUUGAUUUUUUGGCUUCUCUUCAUAUAAGCAAUAACCCUCUAUUUGAAGCCCUGAGCCACAAGAAUUUUCUCUAGAUAUUUAAUAUGGAGAGUGUAUAGGCUGACUCUUAAGUUAAUAAUGUGCAAAAUAUCUUGAACAUCCCUUCCCUUAAUCAGCAGUUACACAUCAGUUAUCUUGAAAUGAACCAUUGUUUUAUAUUUCUCCCCUUUGUAGACUCAUAAAACUCCAUGUACUUUCUGUGUUCUAAAUCUCUGAGGACUGUGUAGACUUUAUUGUAUUUUGGCCAUAAUUCAAAAAUCUAUUCUUAAUGGUAACUCUUUAAUUCCUUUGAUUUUAGAAGCUAAGCUUAUAACAAUCAGAACUAUGUAGGUUGAUUAAGCAUGGAUUCUCCAUGGUUUUGUCCAAGGAGAAAAGUAAAUAAAGGGAAGCCAUAAAAUUACUGUUUUCAAAGCAAAGCACACCAUGACAUUAACUAAAUUUUAGGAACUCUGCUUAAAAUUGGUAUUUUAUUUUUUAAUGUUAGGCUGUGGGAAGGUGUUAUUUAUGACCAGUACCUGCCAAUAAUGCCAUAUCUCUCUCUGUUGCUUGGAAAGCCAGCAGGGAAGAGAAUCCAUAAAAAGAAAAUAUAACUAAAGUAGAUGAUUUGUUCUUUGUAUCCUUGUACAUCUCCUGACCGCUCUGCUGAGUGAAAUUGGGUAAGUGUGACUGUCAGAAACUGUGCUGAGAGUCUGCUGGGUGGAGCGUGGCCCACUUGGAAAGCUAGGACUUCACAUGGGCGCUGAAGGCCAAAUAUAAUGAGAUAAUAAUCAUCCCAGCUUGUGUCAGUGUCAUACUCGGAGCUGUGCCCAAGCAAUAAAGCCUUUCACCUUA